AUGAAUCGACACCAUCCAUAUGGUGGGCCGUAUGAGAAUCCAUCUCCGCGAAGAGGUGGUCCGUCGUUUGGUCCAGACAGAUCCCAUCGCUUUUCUGAGCGCGGUGGCCCCCGCGGACGAGGUUUUGGCCGUGGGCGGGGUGGUGGAGGCGGAGGUGGUGGAGGAGGCGGAGGAGGAGGCGGAGGCAGCUCCUAUGGGGUCUAUGACGGAGGUGCUACACCAUAUGAUCAAGGUCCUUCACAAGGCGACAUGAAUGGUUACAACACGUAUGAAUCUGGGCCCGCGCAAGAUCCCUUCUACCAGAAUAGCAACUUCAAUUCAGCAACACCGGGGCAAUACUCCUCGCCUGAUACUUCUGGUCGCUACAAUCAAGAUUUCGGUGAAUUUGAAGACGGUUCAGGUCCUUCGUUUGGUCAGGGUAGUUAUGGUGGUCGACCACCGAAGCGCAUUCACCGUCGUGAAAGGGACGAUAAAGUCCACGACUCAAUAAUCGAAGAGCGGAUUCAGCGAGAACGUCCAUGUCGUACCUUGUUCAUUCGCAACAUUAAGUAUGAGACCAACAGCGAUGAUGUACGUCGUCUGUUUGAGGAGCACGGCGAAAUUCGCACAUUUUUCGAUCUGAUUGCAAACCGAGGGAUGGUAUUUGUUACUUACUUUGAUUUGCGCGCCGCGGAACGCGCCAGGGAACGGCUGCAGGGGUCAGAGAUUAGUGGGCGUCCAAUCGAUGUUCACUAUUCAUUACCUCGUGACGAUCACAGUUCCCGAGGAGACAAGUCCGAUAAAAAUCAGCAACUGCAAGGCACACUACUUGUCACGUUAAGGAAUUCAGCCACAGGUCAAGCAAUUGACGAUAACGAAGUUCGGCGAAAGUUCCAACAGUUUGGAGAUGUGAAGUCUGUGAAGCCUGCUGGAGAUCGAACCGAUCAGCGAUACGUUGAAUUCUAUGAUACAAGAGCGUGUGAGGAGGCACACGAUCGCUUGCGGCACCAGGGUCUCCAGGAUGGAGUAAUGGAUAUCGUCUUCGGGUCUGACAGCGAUGAUCCCCGCGCUGCUUCUCCUCGAGGAUACGACCGAGGACGUGACUGGGAUGAGCCUCCGGUACGCGGGCGUCGUGGCGGUCGCGGUGGGCGUGGCAGGGGCAGAGGAUAUGGCAGCGACGACUGGGAUCGUCGAAGCGAGUGGGGCAGAGAUCGCGAUCGUGGACGUUCUUACGAGGACGAAUACGGCAGGAACGGACGUGGCAGGGGUUAUGAUGAAUCGUUUGAUAGUAGGACUAAUUAUGGACCUCCUACUGGACCGUCCGGUCCCUCUGGCUAUGGCACUCCCCCUGUCCCGCCCCCGUAUGCGCAGCAGGCCGCGCCUCCCCCGCCUGUUGACGAACGCCUGGAGCAAGCGAAGAAGGUGCAACAGUUAUUGGCCGCUCUGAAACAGCCGCAGAGCGGUGCUGGAGCACCCGCUGCUCUGCCGGCGGCCCCGGCACCCCAACCAGCGAUGCAGCCACCCCCGAUGGCACAGCCAGUAACGAACGCGCCGUCAUACUAUGCUCCGCCGCCCAUGCCAAUGCCUCCACCGCAGCACCCUACAUAUCCCCCGAGCGGCAUGCCUGCCCAAGCAGCGAACUCUCCGUACUCAAUGCCACCGCAAUCAUCGACGCCCCAGCCCUCUGCGCCGCCUGCUGGCUCGUUGGCCAACUUCCCAUCAAAUAUUCUUGCGUUGCUGCAACAGAGCGGACAGGCGCCGCCUGCUCAGGCAGCACAGCCCUCGAUGCCGCCGCCGCCUCCUGCCUCGUACGGGAUGCAAUCUGGACCAAUGAUGGCGUCGCCGCCACCUGGUAUGCCUACGGGGCCUUCUGCCUCGCAGCCUUCCUACCAACAACUCAUGGCGUACUUGUCGCAGAAGCGUACGUGA